GUCCUCCCGGGAGGGGCAGGGCCCGGCGUCCAGCGACUGCUGGCUGGAGAGCCAUUGACUUCCUUGUUGUGAGUCUCGGCCUGGCAGUGUCCCUGCUCGUAGCCUCGCUGUGCUCACCCGGACGGCUAGCGGGAGUCUAGGACCCAGCCACGGCCAUGGCCAACCCCAGCAGCACGUCCUGUCCCGGCCCCCUCCCUGAGGAAAUUAGGAACCUGUUGGCAGAUGUUGAAAUAUUUGUAGCAGACACACUGAAAGGGGAAAAUUUAUCCAAGAAAGCCAAGGAAAAGAGAGAAUCUCUCAUUAAGAAGAUAAAAGAUGUAAAAUCUGUCUAUCUUCAGGAAUUUCAAGACAAAGGUGAUGCUGAUGAGGGAGAUGAAUAUGAUGAUCCUUUUGCCGGGCCUCCAGACACUAUUUCCUUAGCCUCAGAACGCUACGAUAAAGAUGACGAUGGCCCCUCUGAUGGGAACCAGUUUCCUCCAAUUGCAGCCCAGGACCUUCCUUUUGUCCUAAAGGCUGGCUACCUGGAAAAACGCAGAAAAGAUCACAGCUUCCUGGGGUUUGAAUGGCAGAAACGGUGGUGCGCUCUCAGCAAAACCGUCUUCUAUUAUUACGGGAGUGAUAAAGACAAACAACAGAAAGGUGAAUUUGCAAUAGAGGGCUAUGAUGUCAGAAUGAAUAACACCCUCAGAAAGGAUGGAAAGAAAGAUUGCUGUUUUGAAAUCUGUGCUCCUGAUAAACGUGUCUAUCAGUUUACAGCAGCUUCUCCCAAAGAUGCUGAGGAAUGGGUCCAGCAGCUGAAAUUUAUAUUACAAGACAUGGGAUCGGAUGUGAUUCCAGAGGAUGAUGACGAAAGAGGAGAAUUAUAUGAUGACGUCGAUCAUCCUCUUCCAGUCAGCAGCCCAUCAAGGAACCAGCCAAUCGAUGAUGAAAUUUAUGAGGAGCUUCCAGAGGAGGAAGAGGAUGCUACUUCGGUGAAGAUGGACGAGCAAGGGAAAGGGAGUCAGGACAGCACACACCACACCUCCGGAGAUAGAAGCACUGAUUAUGCUAAUUUUUACCAGGGUCUGUGGGACUGUACUGGAUCCCUUUCUGACGAGUUGUCCUUUAAGCGUGGUGAUGUGAUUUACAUCCUUAGCAAGGAAUACAAUAGAUAUGGCUGGUGGGUAGGAGAAAUGAAGGGAGCCAUUGGCUUGGUGCCUAAAGCCUACGUAAUGGAGAUGUAUGAUAUUUGAGAGUCUGAGAAAGCCUUCUGUCAGUCUGCAAGAGCUCUGGAUUUGGAAACCCCGGGGCUGUCUUCCUUUGGUUGCAUUCCUGUCUCUGCUGAUGUUCUAUAUAGUCACUCAUUAAAAUACCCUGGAUGUCAGAUUAAGCCAGCAGUAAUUGAUUAAGUUAGGUUCAAGCAGUAGAGAUAAGACCUGUUGCUGUUUUGCAAGUAAUGAUUAGUAUUAAUUUGCCCAUUUGGUUUGUGUGGGAAAAUUCAUUGUGAUUGUAUGCCACUCUUAGUCACUGAAGCUGCAGUGGGGUUGCUAUUUUGUAGUCACUGGGCAUCAGUUGCAUAUAAUCUCACAGACUUUGUAAAUUUUGAGUCGAUAGUAAAGACUCUUUUAAAGCUGUGUGGAUGACUUAGCAGUUUCUUUCAUAGAGUAAUAGAAUGUUUUCAUUUUUAAAACGUUAUGAAAAUUGACAAGUUUACCUGCUGUUAAGUAAGAAAGAAAAAAAAGGCGAUAAUGUUACAGGUGGCAGUAUCCUGUUACUUGGUACACAAGUGUAAACCAGACCUAGGUUUGGGCAAAGUACUUCAAUAUCUUAAUUUGAUGAUGGGCUUGCCAAUGUUUUCUCCUAUAAUUUUACUUAAAUCUAACAAAACCCAAGAUUCACAAGAAAGCCCCUUUUGCCACUGCUAGGAUGGUAUGAACAACUUCAGAGUGUUUCACAUUGUGAGGUGGCGGGCACUCUAGCUUACCGCCUCGUCCCUCACUGCUGCACAAGCUGCCGCAUCCCCGCUGGAAACAGCAGCCCUGAGCCGGCUCCUGCGUGCUUCUCAGGACCAAACAGAAAAGAGAGGCCCAGGAUGGCCACAGCUACCAGUCCUGUCGGUCCCCUUUCGUGGGUAGUUGAAAUCAUAGUAUUUUUAACAGUCUGUGGAGAUGCCCGUAUUGCCUUACCCUGUAUCAAAUGCACUAGUGACUGGAUAGUUUGCGGUCGACGUAAUCUACUACUGAACGUUCUCUAGCAAGUUCUAGCUUUUGCUUAACUUUUCAGAUAGGAGUGCAAAUGAGCUGAUAUUUUUAAAUCUCCACUAGUUUUAUACAACUGCAUUUACAAGCAAUAGUAAAGAGUGUUUAUCUUACUGUUAUUCUAUAGAUGUUGUGAUUACUCAAUUUCAAAAGUAAAAGAAAAAAACUUAACAUUAGGGGUUGUGAAUAAACUCAACAUAGUCCAAGUUUUCAGAAAUUACAUUUGUAAAAUUACCCUUUUCCUAUUAGAGUGUCAUUUAAAAAGGUUAAAAUCAUCUUGGCAGAAGCUAGACAGGCAGAAAUGAGCUCAGUGGACGGGCUUUCAGCGCCAGUGUGGUUGAAAAGCCAACGCCUACCUAGCCUGUGGUUACAGGGUUUGUGCUUUUAACUUAAGUGGCCAGCAGAUGGCAGCAGCUUGUCAUUUGCACAUGGACCCACUUGGGAACCCCUCCCCCACUCGGGCAGACUGAGAAGCCGGUAGAUUGCUGCCUCCUUUUCCAGUUAAUCCAGGAGAGGGAGUCCUUUGCCAACUGAUGGCCAGCGUUCCCAGUACAGAAGCAUGGUGCUGCUUGUCCAGACCGCCUCUGGCCUUUGUUCUUUCUUUAACUUGAAUAUACAUGGGAGAUAGAAGGUUGGAGCCAAAGGCCUUUAAAACUGGGAGAGACGAGAAAAAUUACUAUUCCUUGAAAUUGGUGGGUGCUUUCUGUUCACUUGAACUCAUCUUUGUGCUGUGAGGAUGUUCUCUCCACCCUUGUCAGGACAUCACAUUCCCUUCAAGAUCAUAAUAACACCAUUAAUGUGAAUUUAAACAACGCAGCUUGUUAGAAAAUAUGCUAAUUGUUAUGUUCUCAUUAUGUUUGCUUAGCUUUUAUUUGUUUUUCUAUGAACAGUUAGAGAGCUAAUUUUUUGAAAGGUGAUUGUAAGUCAUAUUUUAUAUAGCAUUUUGCUUGAUCGCUUGCUCUGUACUGAAUUUGUACUCUGUUGCCAUUAGAUCUUACAAUAAUGUUCCACUCUGCAAAUUUUUAAGGUUCAAAUAAAGUUUAAUUGUUUGCAAA